AUGAAUAUAUGUAAUCAUAUGAUUAUGAAUUAUUGUAUGAAUAUGAUCAUAAAUACUUUGUUUCGGACGUCGUGUUUCGAUUUCAAUGUCUCCACCAAAUCACCGGAUACAACAGUAAAGUGCUUAUCAAGUGCCAAUUCAUCAAGAAAUCGGUCAAGAACUACGGAACAAGACAAAGCUAUUCUGAGGUUGAAGAGGCAACGUGACAAACUCAAUCAGUUGACCAAUAAGCUAGAUAACCGGAUAGAAAAUGAAAAAGUUCUUGCCAAGGAACUUAUUAGGCAAGGUAAAAAGGAGCGGGCUCUGUUGCUGCUGAAAAAAAAGAAGUAUCUCGAAAACCUCAUUCAUGAAACCAGUAUUCAACUAUCAAACAUCGAACAACUUGUCAAUGACAUCGAAUUCGCUCAAAUAGAAGUGGAGGUUUUAGAUGGGUUAAAGUGUGGGAACAAGGCUCUCCAGGAUAUCCAUAAGGUAAUGUCGUUAGAUGAUGCAGAACGGAUAAUGUCAGAAGCUCAGGAUGCUGUGGAAUAUCAACGUGAGUUAGAUGAUAUCGUUUCUGGCGGUCUGUCCUCUAACGAUUACCACGAAAUUGAGUGUGAAUUAACUCGUCUCGUAGAACCUGAAGUUAUCGAUCUCCCACAUGUGCCUGAUCAUCCCAUAGAUCCGUUUGUUGAAAAAAAAUCAAAAGAUCCUGCACGCAGGGAGCGAAGCAGAGAAGCAUUAGCAGUUGGUAGUUAAAUUGAAGAUAUCAUCAAGUCAUUUGGUAUGAAUACAAAUGCUUCAAGUAUUGACAACUGAAAUGGAACAAAUUAUUUGUUUAUACAGUUGAAUUCACUUGUUUGUUAUUUAUUUACAUACAAUGCUUUCCAAUGUACAGAAAUUUGUAUAGUGAUUACUUCAUUAUUACUAUUGUUAUGCUUACCCCUUUCUUCAAUCAUUAGCA